AAGAAUGUUCUGUGGUGCUGUAAAUAUGCAUUUAUAUAUUUUAACACUGGCAAGCAAUGAAAGGAUUGCUCUCACCUCAGCAAUGCGUCUCUUGUUUGAAAUAUCAAAUUUGAGAACAGCAACUCCAGCAACUGUGUCUCGUGCUGGAAUAUUAUACAUAAAUCCACAGGAUUUAGGUUGGAAUCCUUAUGUCAGCACAUGGCUUGAGAGUCGUAAAAAUUCAUCUGAAAAGUCUAAUUUAAUUGCAUUAUUUGACAAGUAUAUACCAUCUUGUAUAGAAUGCAUGAGAAUUCGAUUCAAGAAAAUUACUCCCAUCCCUGAAAUUUCACAUAUUCAAAUGUUGUGUCAUCUGUUGGAAUGCCUUUUAGUCCCUGCAAAUAUUUCAGCUGAGUGUCCAAAGGAAUGGAUAGAAAUAUAUUUUGUAUUUGCUUGUGUUUGGGCAUUUGGAGCAUCAAUGUUUCAAGAUGGAGGUGUAGAUUAUCGAGUGGAAUUUACAAAGUGGUGGAUAAAUGAAUUUAAAUAUGUAAAAUUUCCUAGUCAAGGUACUGUCUUCGAUUAUUUCAUUGAUCCAGAGACAAAAGAAUUUACACAUUGGUCUGAAAAAUGUCCAAGAUUUAAUUUGGAAUCAGAUAUGCCCUUG